AUGGCUAACAGCUCGAGAAUGGCAGCGCUUGCGUCAAACGAAAAAGAACCAGCGAAAGAAAGCACAAUUCCUCUAGACAUAGAGGUAUCGUCCGAGAACGUUAUUCAAAAUGCAGACAACGCCGACGGAACGUUGGCGUUUCUCGAAGAACACGACCACGAAUUUAGCGAUGCCAAGAUCGCCGAUGAAGAUUAUUCCAAUAUUGUCAAAAAGGUCAAUUGGAACUUGAUGCCACUUCUAAUAGCCAUAACUACACUCAUGUUCAUGGAUAAAACGGUUCUUUCAUAUGCUUCUAUCAUGGGUCUUUUCAAAUCGACAAAUUUGACGGACUCUUUGUAUGAUGAUCUGAACAGUAUAUUUUAUACUGGCUACACCAUAGGAAGCUUCAUGAACCUGAUUUUGCAACGAUAUAACCUCAAGAAAUUUCUCAACGUCAUAAUCUUUACCUGGGGUGCUAUUGUUUUCCUUCACGCUGCUGCGUUCAAUUUUGGCGGACUCGUGGUGCUUCGUUUCUUUCUUGGCUUUUUCGAAAGUGUCAUAAUCCCGCUUUUGGAGGUUACAAUGGCACAAUUCUAUACUCCAAAAGAUAGAGCAACUAUGCAGCCAAUUUUCUGGACCGGUUGCGUAGGCUUUCCAGUGGUCAUUAGUGGAUUUAUCGCUUAUGGGUGUCUGCACGUCAAAAACUCAAUUCCUCCAUGGAGAAUCUUUAUGAUUAUAAAUGGCGGUGUAACAGUCAUCAUGAAUGUGGUUUGUGUCAUAUGGUAUCCAUCUGAUCCUUCAGACGCUCAUUUUUUGACUACCAAGGAGAAGUAUUUCCUCAUCAAAAGAGUCCAAAAGGAGUCCAAAGCUUCCAUAACUCAAAGCACCGUCAAAAAAUACCAGAUAGUCGAAUGUUUGAAAGAUCCCAUAAGCUGGCUUUUUACACUCUUUUGCUUUUCUUUGAUGUUGUCCAAUAAUCUCACCUACCAGCAGAAUCUUCUAUAUGUCUCGCUGGGCGUGUCUGACUUGGGUUCAACUCUCGUAAGUCUUGCUGGUGGCGGAUUUUCCGCAUUAUUUGCGCUCUUUGGCGCUGGACUGAUCCAUUACUUCCCUAACAACACUUUUUGGAUGUGCCUACUUGGUUGCCUUCCAUCCAUAGCAGGAGGCAUUGGUAUGGUUGCCAUUUCAUGGGAAAAUAAACUAGCUUUAUUGGCUAUGCUUGUUCUUUCUGCCAACACAUACUUCCUAGCCUACAUUUCUGGUUUCGGGUGGUCGACGUCGUCUUGCGCCGGUCAAACGAAGCGCUUUGUUCGCCACUUUAUGUAUAGUGUGGCGUAUGGCGUUUCAAACAUAGUUUCUCCUCAGAUAUGGAAAGGAAAUCAAGGCACAAGAUACUAUGCCGCUUGGAUUGUACAAAUUGUUCUUUCUUGGCUCUUGGCGCCUGUUGUGGCUGGGAUAAUCACCUAUAUUUUAAAGGCAAGAAACCAGCAAAGGCAACAGUAUAUUUCGCAGCAUCCGGACGCUUUAACCGGGGAAGUUGUUAAAAUUGAUGCGGACACUGGAGAACAAAUUGUUGAAAAAGUCGACAUUGGUCUACUUGAUCUGACAGAUCUUGAAAACAAGGCUUUCAUUUAUCCGUUGUGA